AUGGCACGGACCACCCCUCCCCCUAUUGGACGCUCAGAUUUCGUCAUCUUGCCUUUGGCCGUGUUCCUCUACCUCUCUGCUUACCUUGGUGAGUUUUCCACUUUUCGGUCGAACGCGUGUCCUCCGUCGUCGCAGCAUCGAUGAACUGAUUAUGACCCCUGUCUCACAAUCCUCAGAUCGAGGAAACAUGGGAUCGGCCCGUCUCCAGGGUCUCCAAAAGGAGGUUCUAGAUAACAGCGACACCAAAUACUCAAUAGCUCUGUCUUGCUUCUUGUAAGUGUCAAAUGUACUGGCUGUCAUCGCGGGAACUUGCAGCGCAGUGCCUGUUCUGGCCCACGCGCGUGCUCACCCCGCUCCUCCACUUUCCCCCCCCAACAGCAUCACCUACAUCGUCUUCUCCAUCCCCGGUACCUUGCUGGCCAAGGCUAUCAACCCUUCCACGUCUAUCUCGAUCGGAGCUCUCAUCUGGUCCAUCGCCGCCACCUGCCAAGCUGCCGCCAAGACCCCUGGCGGACUCUACACGGCCCGUCUUUUUGUCGGUCUCGGUGAGGCCAUGUUCGGUCAAGCCAUGGCUUUCCAUCUCACGUGGGUUUGCGAAACUAAGCGAUCGAUAUCCAGGAGACUCGGAGAACUGACGUGCUUGAUGCUCAAAAAAAUGAAACACAGUCUCUGGUACACCAAGAAGGAAUUGGCCAAGCGUGUCGGAUUGUUCAUCUCCGCUGGUGCGACCGCCGGUGCCUUCUCCGGUUUGAUCGCCUACGGUGUCGCCCACAUCCACAACACGAAGCUCGAGCAAUGGCGCAUUCUCUUCUUGAUGUACAUUACCAAAGGACCUGAUAUGCGAAUAUGUCGAGGCUCAGUGAUCCAGGGCUGACCUUCUCUCCGUUCGGCUUCCUCGUCAACAGUGAAGGCUUGCCGUCUCUCGCGCUCGCCGUCGUCGUCUUCUUCUGCCUCCCUUCGCGUCCCUCGAUCUCCAAGUUCCUGAACGAGGAUGAGCGCACCCUCGCCCACACCCGAUUGAACGAGCAAUCCUCCUUCGAGGCCAGCAGUGGUAUCGAGUGGUCUGGCGUCCGACAUGCCUUCUUCGAUUGGAAGACCUACGCUUUCGCUGUGUACGUCCACCCUGGCAGUCGAAGCUGUUCUCGCGCCUGAGUUUCGCGACUGAUCAUUUACUUUUUCCCAUGCGCCUCACAGUAUGUUCUCGUGCAUGAACUUGACGCUCGGCUCGGUUGGUGGUUUCUUGCCCACUAUCAUCAAGGGUCUCGGCUACUCGAACGCAAACGCCCAACUCUUCUCGGUUCCUCCUUACGUUGUCGCCCUCGUCUUCAUGUUGCUCCUUUCGAGCUUCUCCGAUCGCAAGCAGACCCGUGGUAUCCCCGUCGCCUCCGUCUUUGUUGUCGGCAUCAUCGGAUGGGCUCUUUUGCUCACCAUCCCCGCCCACAAGGCUACGCACACCCAGCUCCACGUCCGCUACUUCGGUUGCAUCUGCAUCGUCACUGCUGGGUACAGUGCCAUCCCGCUCAUCAUCUCGUGGGUUUCGGCCAACACCGGUACCGAAUCGCAACGUGCCGUCUCGCUCGGUAUGCUCAACGCGAUCGGCCAGUGCCUCUCCGUCCUCGCUGCCUUCUCGUUCCCCACCAUCCAAGGCCCGCAGUACAGGAAAGGUAUCAUCAUCAACCUGGCUUUCGAGGCCCUCGGCUUCGUUAUGGCCAUCGCACUUUCGCUCUACUUCCGAGCGGUCAACUCGCGCCGUGACCGAUCCGAGGGUGAGCCCCAAAAGGGUGUUGCGCUCAACACCCACGAGGACUACGACCACGCCGAGGGCUUCCGCUAUGUCGUCUAA